GAUGGCUUAACGCACAGUAUGAUGAAUCAUGAUGUUCCGUCUACUUGUGUUGUGCGCAAUUUUAACUUUCGUGGAACCAUACACAAGUCAAUGUCGUACCCAACCACCAUUUUAUGGAGACCGAUGCCCUGGAGUCACUGAAACUAACCUGGAAAGUAUGUUGGAUUCCAUUGAACGGGUUGUAAUCGAACAGGAAGAACGACUCAUGCAAUUUUGCUAUCAAAAUUGGCCCAUGAAGACAGGACAAAUAUUUAAAAACGAUAGUUUCUACCUUAUAUAUAAUCUGACUGAGCCCAGAGAUUCCAGGAUCACAGUUCGAAUUAAACAUAGAUACUUACAUAUUACAGCCACGGAAAAAUAUGGUAAUCAAGAAAUAAUCUUUCAAGACAUGAAGGUUCUGCCAGAUAUAGUAAACACGGAUUAUGCUCAGUGGACGUACAAAAAUGGAGAAACCCUGACAAUCAGAAUUCCUUACAGAGUAUUUCUUGAAGAACUUACUCAGUUUUGUCCGCUUGUAACUAAAUACGUCAUAGACGUGCCAUACGUGCCCGAGUCUGAAUUCAACUAUAGUCUUCAGGAUUGGACACAAAAUGGAUACAAUUUUCCACCCGGUCAUCCCUCUGGAUCCAACUAUGGGUCUCAGGGUGGUUCACAAUAUGGACACAAUGUUCCACCCGGUCGUCCCUUUGGACCCAACUAUGGGUCUCCGGGUUGGUCACAAAAUGGAUUCAAUGUUCCAGCCGGUCGUCCUUCUGGACCCAAUUAUGGGUCUCAGAAUUCAAUACAAAAUGGGCCAGCCGAUCCUUCCUCUGGAUUUACCUACAGGGGUUAGACAGGAAACAUACCCUGAGGUACUUGACUCUGAUGAGUAAUUGUUUCUUCUCGAGGUCUCCGUGUUUUUGAGUCUAUCAUUUUAUUUCCGUCAAUUUGUUGCAGUUACUUAGUGCUUGAAGAGGCCUUACAAUCCACUGAUGUUCUAAUAUUUCUUCAUAGUUAGAAAAACUAUUAAUUAGGUUCCAACAUUUAGAAAAUAAAGCAUAAGAUUUGAAAUAUUUAAUAUUUAAUUUUUGCACUACUCCCCGCUAAAAAAAUAGAUACUGGAUAGUUUUUAUCUAUUUUUUCGUGCAGGUGGAUGUUAAGUCGUCUCUAUGAUGUGGACUCCCUCUAAGAAAGUAUUUCGGAAAUGUGUCAAAAUGGACAAACCCUAAAAAUCACGAUCCUUUACAAAGUAUCUCUCGGAGAAACAGUAAUUACUAAAACAUGCGGAGCUAGAAACAACUAUGUCAUAGAUGUGCCACGUCGUUCAAUUG